AUGCCAUUUCUUCGUCACUGAGCGUACAAUUUGUGUGAUUUUUGCAGCAUGAUGAGUAUUUCACGGUCAACAGCUAGUUUGGACAAAUUUCGUUCGGAGAGCACCGUCGACAAGCUCGGAAGGCUGUCAAAGUCAUACAGUUUAACUAAUUUGAGCCAACGUAAACGUAGUUCUUCUUCUGAGAAAACUUUUGAUAAGGACACUCUCUCGUCACGAUCCAAGUUUGUUCGUUUUUAGAUCGAGUUUUAUUUCACCUAAGGUUAAAGGUGAACAGAAAGAAAGAAAAUAUAAGAGACAAGACACUUAAUCGGCUCUCGAGGAACAUCGAACGCGACAGAAACUCAGAACAAGUCUUCUCUAAGGCAUACCGUGAAAGGUGGGAAGGAGUCAUGAACCAGACCACAUCUCGAACAGAAUCCAAAAAGAGGGACUCAGCCGCCCUUUCUGGCAGUGCCGGCAGGACUAGACUGCCUCCCAUCUCCAAAGCAACAGCGAGGCAAUCAGCUCCAGGUCCCAGAGCUAGGUCCGGGAAACUGGAGGUUACCAACCCUGCACCACGUGCCAGAUCAGGGAGGAAUGUCAACGAGGAACCAGCAAGACCAGCUCGGUCUGGUAACCGUAAAGAUGAGGAUGCUCGUAAAAAGUCGGGACGGGUGGAGGAGAGCAACAGAGGAGGACGAGGAGGGAGGAACUUAGCGGGAGCAGUGAAUAGGGCAAAUCCGGGGAGAGGUGUUGCAGGAACUGUUAACAGAGUUGUGGCUGCUAAUAGAGGAGGAGCAGGACACAAGCCUGCAGAUGAUGUCAAGUUGAACAAGAAGUAUGCUGGGGUGGUAUGUGAAACAUGCAAGUUACAGAUACACGAGAAGUUAAAGAGAGGUUACACUAAAUACCGGAGCCUGGAGAAGAUGAAACCUUGUGAAAAGUGCCAGAAGUCAGUGAUAGACUUCGACUUCUACAAGAUCUGCGUUACUUGUGCUAAGGACCUCCAAGUCUGUGCUAAAUGUGCCUGCGGCUCGACACAGAUUUCGGGAGAACGGUUUGUGGAGGUAGUAAGACAUGGGGUGACAGAAAACAUACUAUCGAUGAAUGAUAGGGAACUCAGUCAAUUUGCGAAGAAGCACGCAAAGAUUGGUAUAGUUGAGCAACAAAUAGAAAUGAUAGAAGAUGAAGCGUCAGACCAACCUGCUCUCACAACACGAACUCCCUCGGCUAGAUCCUCCAAAUCUAGAGCGACCUCGUCAGCGAAAUCAAAGAAAGGCUCUAAUCAGUCGCCUAAGCAGAUUGAGGCGAAGUUAAAAAUGGAGGAACCGCUUAAUGUUUCCACUUCAAAAUCUAAAAAGGUAUCCAAAACUACUCGGUCAAUGACAUCCUCAUCGAGUCCACUGAUUGGAGAAAGUGAAAACGAAGCCUGUCUCAGCAGUACAGAAUCAGACGAGGCAUACGGGUCGGGACACAUUUCAUCAGUUUCUGACGUAAAAACAGUUCGAUCAGCUACAACUCGAUCAGCCACAAGAAGUAACCGGUCGAGACAUAAAUCAAGUGAGAUUUUGAGACAGAUCAGAUCUCUGACAAGUUUACAAGUAAUAUCACCGUCCUCAGCACAGUCCGUCAUCAGAGAAAUAAGGUCACUAACGGAGAUGGAAUGUUAUGAUGACGAUAACAAAUCUCCAGAAGGAGAAAGACGCACACCCAACACCCCGGGCAAGGCAGACCACACCCCAGUCGCCUCCCCACAACCCAGUUACACUCCCUUCAGUGCCACCUCCGAUAAAUCAAACCUGCACGAGGACAGAGAACUGACGGAGUACAUGAACAGUUGCAGUCGAACCCCCAACUUUCCUCCAAUCACUAUAACAGGUACAGUGAACCAGGCAUCACAUUCACAUCCUCAGCUGGAACCGAGCCAAGUAUCGGCGGACCUCCAACAAGAAGUGAGGGAGUAUUCCCCCUCACCACCAGUAGUAACGAUAACUACCCUCACUAAAGAGAGUGGCGGAGACGAAUCCAGUGGAGAUUCCAGUGAUGACAGUGCAACUGAAGAACACAGUGAUAGUACGUUUGAGGGGGUACAGUUAGAUAACAUAACCCAAAAUAAGGAAGAAGAAUACAUUGUUAGCGAAGAUGCCACGAACGUAGAAACCGGAAAUAAUGAUGGUGAAGAAAGUAUAGAUGAUGAAGCUGAAACGGUUACAGAUGAAACGGAAAGUAUUGCCGAGGUCGUAGAGCACGUGUCACAAGAACAAACUGCAGGAGUCCCUGGAACUGGAGGAGUCCCUGAACCAGCUGAUGAAGAUACAGCGUCACAGCUGGCUGACAUUGAAGUAACCUCUACUAACGAGUCUUUACAAUUACUAGACUCUGUAACUGUACCUCCUCACAACCAGAAGCCUGAUGAAAGGGACGAUGAAAAUAAUUCCUCCGAGGUGGCAGUGGAGGUUGAGGCUGAUGAGUAUGCACCAGUCGAAGUGAUGGAGACUGAGACAGAAACCGGUUUAUCAUGAGGAGGUUCUAGAAAUUCAUAUUCCCGUCGAAUAUGAGACCUUUGAAGAACCAGCACACGAACUUGCUAGUGACGAUGUAAAGGGAAGCAACACUAACGAAGAGAUAUUAGAUGCGGAUUCGCGACAAACGCUCGCAGAAUCCGAAGAUAUCUAUGAAGACACUGCUGCUACAGUAAUUGAGGAAAGCCGUAAAUUAAAAAGGGAAACAAACAACAACGAGCUGGUAAUGAUAGAAGAUGUCCUUGAAGAUGAGACGUCUCCUGAGCCGAUAUUUUCCAAAGAGGAUCAUACAAAAAGUGCAGAUAUUCUAAGAGAGGACAUCCUGGAGACUAUAGAAAGUGUUACUGACGUUAAUGAAUCUUCUGAAAAAGAGGAGGUGACUGAAAUUGUCACAACAGAAAAUCAGGAAAUUGAUGAUUCAAAGGUUAAUGAGAUUGUAGCGGCUGAGAGCCGACAAGUUGAUGACGUUCGAGUCGAGGACGUGGACGAUGAACACUUCCUGAGUAUCGACCAGAACAUCAGAACAACCGAAGUAAAGAAACUCAUGGCAGAAGAAUUGGCCGAGGAUUCCAGUGACACGACUGAUGAGGCGAGGCUCUCAUCAGAACUGGAAACCUUUAUGGGAGACACACCCAAAAGUAUUGAUAGCAGCGAGAUAGUCCACGCAACCACCAAUCCAGGUCUCAGGACCCUUCCAGCACAGAAGUCCAGGUAUCCAGCAGUGCGUCCGACCUAGAACAACAAGCAGAUGAAAACAGCGAGGAUUCUACUCCCAGAAGUCGGAAACCAGUCUUUGAAAGACAGAUUUCCGAGAAUGCCGACGAGAAAGAAUCUGGAUCUGUUUUGGAUACGGUUGGACAGAACUUUGAAGAUUUCAGCCAAUUUUAUCAGAACCACGCAUUUGACAUCGUAGAGAUCCACAAGAAUACUAGUCCAGAAGAGAUCCUGUACGAGGAAGAGGAGCAACAGGACUACUACGACCAGUGCUAUGACCAGUACCAGUAUAACGUUAGACUACGGAUACGACUAGAAGAUAUCCCUGAGGAGGGUACUCUCUCCAAGGAGUCAACCUACCUCAGUAGACCCUUCACUGACACCAUGGACACCCUGGAAAAGGAAGAUACUGUGGUAGAUAGAGAGGAAUCUAGCUCUGAACGAGGAGAGAAGGUGCUGAAAAACGUGGAGGUACCAGAGAAGGAUGACUCUGUCGUAGAGAAAGAAGAGUCUUCACUUGACAAAGAGGACGAUCUUGAUAGAGAAACUUCGAUGGUUGUAAAUGAUAUUGUAAACUGUGCUCUGAUAAGAGCUUCACUCUCUCUAAUGGAUGAAAAACAAUGACAAUACCCACAAUAGUUGGAAGGUUUGCCUUGAUAAGGACAAUAAUAGGGACUGACGUCAAAAUAGAAACGUGGAGAGCUUGUUACCUAGAUUCAGCGAGAUGAUGACAGAAGAUUUAGGGAGUUAGUCAUUGUGCUACGAAACUAUUGAUUGAUAGGAGAAUGAAGAACGCUGUAGGGAGGCAAUGCUUACAGAUUCAGACAAAACGAUCAAUUUCGCCUUCUGAAAAGACUUGAGAAUGGAAAGUUUUAAGAUGAAAGAUUUAGAUAUGCUUUUGUUAGAGAAUAUGACUUUGUUUUAUUCUUUUGAAGUUAAGUAUCACUUCAAUGAUUGGAAUGUUUCAGAUUUUUUACAGUAUGUGGUUUUAACAAAUUUGUAUUCACAAAUUUUCGAGAAUAAAUCAAAGCUGAUUCAUAUUGUUUUCACGAAGAAUUUUAAACCUUAGAGUUUGUAUUCUGUAUUGUGUCUGGUUGUCAGUUUAUAUCGUGUAUGAUAUCCAAACUUAUUAAAACAUCAGCCGGAAUAUUCUUUCACAAA